UAGUACUGUGGUGUCCAACACAACUAUCAGGCCCUGGGGGUUACACAACACAAUGCCCACGCUGCUAUAGCUCCUACGGGAGUGGAUGCAGGUGUAAUGACAGCGGUAAGCUGGGUGAACGUAGCGUCUCAGGCCUCUCAGAGGCCGUGGUCAGACAAUAGGACCACCCCGUUCCAACGGACAGGGAAGACCCCUGAUCAGAGGAACUAUUCGCAGCAGGACUUCCAUGCAGGGUACUCAGGGGGGCGUGUCUGUCCUAACCCCACCCCCGCAGACAGUAACGGUGGUCUGCAGCAGAGACGGCUCCAGCCCGGACUGGGCCCUGGGACGGUGCUUGCUCCUGAGCCACUCUAUUUUGAGGAUGAGGAUGAGUUUCCAGAGCUGGUCUCAGGAGGGGCACAGAGGAACAUCAAACCAGACCCUAACCCUUCCCAGAACCAACACCAGACCAAACUGACCAAGAACCUGCUGGAUAACUUUCCAGAGAACUCUCCCAUCAACAUCGUCCAGACCCCCAUCCCCAUCACCACCUCUGUCCCCAAGAGGGCCAAGAGUCAGAGGAAGAAGGCCCUGGCCGCUGCCCUGGCUACAGCGCAGGAGUACUCUGAGAUCAGCAUGGAGCAGAGGAAACUACAGGAGGCACUGACCAAAGCAGCAGGGAAGAAGAGUAAGACUCCAGUCCAGUUGGACCUGGGAGACAUGCUGGCUGCUCUGGAGAAACAGCAGCAGGCCAUGAAGGCUCGACAAAUAACCAAUACUAAACCACUGUCCUUCACAGUGGGUACAGCAGCCCCGUUCCAUGGUUCAGGGCCAGGCGCCGGGUUGGGAGCAGGGUCAGGUAUAGUAUCAAUGUUGAAGGCCCAGCAGGCCCACUCUGCCCCCCUCAACAUGCUGGACUCCAGCGCUCCACGCCUGAAGAGAGGGAAGGAGAGAGAGAUCCCUAAAGUCAAACGACCCACCGCCCUGAAGAAGAUCAUUCUGAAGGAGCGUGAGGGGAAGAGGGGGAAGGGGGGUGUGGAUCAGAUUGCUGCCAGCCAGGAAGAACAGGGAGAAGAGGAGCUACACUUCACUGAUGACCUCACACGGGAACCUGCCUCUCAGGAGGAGAACGGUCUGAGCGUGCCCAGUGAUGACGCGUCCCUGUCCCCGGCCAGUCAGAACUCUCCGUACAGCAUCACACCUGUUUCCCAGGGUUCCCCUGGCUCCUCUGGCAUCGGCAGCCCCAUGGCCUCUAACGCCAUUACCAAGAUACACAGCCGCCGCUUCAGAGAGUACUGUAACCAGGUGUUGAAUAAGGAGAUAGAUGAGAGUGUGACGAUGCUGCUGCAGGAACUGGUCCGGUUCCAGGAGAGGGUUUAUCAGAAGGACCCCAGCAAAGCCAAGACCAAACGCAGACUGGUCAUGGGCCUUAGAGAGGUCACCAAACACAUGAAGCUCCACAAGAUCAAGUGUGUCCUCAUCUCACCCAACUGUGAGAAGAUCCAGGCCAAAGGGGGUCUAGAUGAGGCUCUGUACAACGUCAUAGCCAUGGCCAGAGAACAGGAGAUCCCGUUUGUAUUUGCUCUGGGUAGGAAGGCUCUGGGACGCUGUGUCAACAAACUGGUGCCUGUCAGUGUGGUGGGCGUCUUCAACUUCUCUGGAGCAGAGGGUCUGUUUAACCGGUUAGUGUCUCUGACGGAGGAUGCUCGUAAGUCCUACAAGGACAUGGUGUCAGCGCUGGAGCAGGAGCAGGCUGAGGAGGCGCUGAAGAACGUCAAGAAGGUCACCCACCACAUGGGCCACUCCAGGAACCCCUCCGCUGCCUCCGCCAUCUCCUUCUGCUCCGUCAUCUCUGAACCCAUCUCUGAAGUCAACGAGAAGGAGUACGAGACCAACUGGAGGAGUAUGGUGGAAUCGUCAGAUGGGCUGGAGCCUGUGGAGGCUAAACCCAGCCAUCCUGCUACUUCCUCUGGGUUGCAGAGAGACAACCCCCCUUCCACCACCACCAACCGCAGCCCUUACUCCACUACUCUCCAGCUCAGAGCGGCCGUCCCUGCUCCAGGCUCAGGCCCGGGGGAGAGAGAGGAGGGCCGGGCAGACGACCGGUUGGAGCUGGCCUCCCAGCAGAGCACGGAGACAGGCAGUUUGGAUGGGAGCUGCAGGGACCUCCUCAACUCCUCCAUCACCUCCACCACCUCCACCCUGGUCCCCGGUAUGCUGGAGGAGGCGGAGGAAGAGGAGGAGGAGGAGGAAGAGUACACACCAGAGCCCAUCUCUGUGGAGGUGCCUGCGGUCAUCAGCCGUAUUGAGUCCUGGGUGUCUAAGACGCUGGAGAACCUUCAGCUGGGGAAGAGCCAGGACAGCACAGAGGAAGAGGAGGAGGAGGGAGUGCAGAGUGAGGAGGAGGGAGUGCAGAGUGAGGAGGAAGAGGAGUUGGAUUCUGCUGAUGUCACAGAGACGGCUGGAGAAGACGGAGAAGAUGGAGGCCAAUAAUAUCACUGGCUGAUGAGACCUCAUUCAUCCUCUCUCUCUUUUUUGUUUCUCGCUAAAUUCGCUCUGUGUACACUGUCACUCCAUCUGUGUACACUCCAUCACUUGUCUUCCCCCCUCACACCUGUUCCCCAAACCUGCACUCUUUCACCUCUAUCACCCCCCCCUCCUCCCUCUUUCUCACAGUUGAACCAGCAACUCUCCUCUUCUCUCUGUCUGUAACUUUGGACUUCAGACAUUAUCUCAGGAAUCAGACCACACACACACACACACACACGCACACACACACAGGCAGUCCACACACAGAUAGGCAGUCACACACACAGACCAACCUGCAAACUACAGACAACAUUAUCUCUCCUGGUCUCUCUGAUGGAUAGACUCCUCUGUUCCUCUCAUCCUCCGCCUCAGCUAAACUGGUCUGGUCGGUCUGGCAUCGACUGGUCUGGUCUGACAUGGAAUGGUCUGGUCUGGCUAAGGGAAGCCCUGGUUCCCUUCCCACCACUCCAGUUUUCCCCAGGAUAGGAAGAGGCUGUGAGGAGAGGCUUCCCUUCUGUCUGUAUGAUGCAGAGCCCUCCAGAUGAUAGACCUGUCAGUGAGACUGCUGACUACAGACUAACUAGAAGAGAAGUCUCCCUCUGUCAUCCCUGGGUUAUUCAUAGUGGAGCUCUGGUGGUUCAGUCCAAGCAGAAGGUUGCUGAGUCCCUGCAGGGCUGAGAGUUUACAGCUGGAAGUGUCUCUGUCCCAUCAUCAUGGAGCUCUGGUGGUUCAGUCCAAGCAGAAGGUUGCUGAGCCCCUCUGCGGGGCUGAGAGUUUACAGCUGGAAGUGUGUCUCUGUCCCAUCAUCAAGACUUAUGUUACAUUGUUGUCAUCCUUCCCAUGUUUCUCUGUCUCCCAAAACCAAUCUAAAACCUUGUCAGGAUUUUACAAAAUUCCCCGCUUUUCCAGGAAUCCCGGUUGGAAGGUUCACAGAAUCCAUUGGGAAUAAGCAGAAAACACGUAAUCCUCCAACCUUGGGAUUUCGGAAAAGUUGCUGGAAUUUGCAAACCUACAUGAUGUGUUUCUGACAUUGGUUAACCAUCACAGUAAUCAUGUAUUAUUUUCAGUGGGUGGGAUUUUAAAGGGGCAUAUCACCACUUUUUAACCUCAUAGUCAUUAUCUCCAGGACCAAACCAAUGUCUACUAAUGUGCAAAUGGCGUGUUAAAAAAUAAUGGCGUGUCCCUUGAAAACAUGAAUGAUAUGACAUGUCACAUGACAUACUAACAGUAACUGAAGCCAGAACAAAUGUCUGAUGUACAUAACCUGUAUAGCUGUUUCUGAGACUCUUUAACCUGUAAUAUUAAUGAUAAUAUUGACAAGUGUUCAUCUGUUUGGGGUUGUUUUCUGAGUGGAUUGUUUGUUGUUGUUGCUAGCUGACUUCUGUGUUUUACUAUAGCCUCUGGUUUCUUUUGGUUUAGGUCCCAGUCCAUUGACCGGUGGCAGCGUGGGCGUGUUUGUUGGGGUGGGCAGUAACUAGUUGUAACUAGCUAUUAUCAGAGACUAUUUGGGUUUGAAGCUGACAGGUAGUCCAACUUGACCCAGGACAUGUGACUCACUGGUAACAGAGGGGUCAAAGGGAGGAGCCACCACAGGAGCCUCUGAAUAUUCAUGAACUAAUUAUCCACCUCACCAGUUAUAACCAUGUAAAUAAAAUGUGAACAAUUAAAAUGUUUGAACUACAGUGUAUUAAAAACCCCAAUCACCUUUUUCUUAAAGCCAUUUGAUAUAAAAAACAUCUGAGUAAGUUGAUGAUGUAAUUUAAUGGGAAAUGAUAGAAAUCAAGUCAUGUAUUAUUAGAUGGAGGAGGAGGAUGCCAUGUAUAGGAGUGGCAUGCUGGGUCAUAUGCAAUAUGAAGGAAGGAGGGAUGAGAGGGAGUUGUGUAAUAAAUAGACAGUCAGGAGUUGGGUCAAUUCAUUUUCAAUUCAGGAAGUGAAUUGAAAUUCAACUGACAAAUGUAAUUGAGAAAAAAAACGUAUGUCAAUUGAAAACUGACCAUGUUUUAUAUGAGGAUUUGAUGAAUGAGUUGAAUUGAGCCCUGAUACAGGUGAUAACGACGGUGUGUCUAGUACUAAAAUGUACGUUGGCUGUGUGCAGGUUUCUCAGUAACGAACUCUCAUCAGUGUGUUUUGGAGCCAUGACAACCAGUGUGUCCUUUGCACUAUGUAAAUACCAUAAUACUUGUAACAACCACCUGGUAACUAAUGUCAAAACCAAAAUGGUUGAAUGAAGUAGCUUUUAUUUUCUCAGUGUGUCCCUGGUCUUUCUAUGUCUCUCUUUCUGACUGUACAGCACUAGCAACAUGUAGAGGCUUUUCUCAUAACUUUACUGUUCUCUUCUCCAUCUGGACUGAUUGUCAUUAAAAUGUUCUUUAAGUAAA